AUGGGUUCAAUCAGCACCGCUCCAUCACCAUCAUUCUAUAGCAACAAGCACUUCAUCAAUGGCGAAUAUGUCAGCUCCAUAGCCAAGGAAACGUACACCGUCUGGAAUCCCAAGGAUGGAUCGAUCCUCUCUGAUCAGAUGGCUGCUGCUGGCCAUGAGGAUGUUGAGGCGGCCGUCAAGGCCGCUGAAGCAGCCUACCUUGGGCCUUGGAGCCAAUUCACUGGCCAACAACGUGCGGUUUGUCUGAACAAACUUGCCGAAAUUAUGGACAAUCGGCUCGCGGAAAUAUUGACCCUCGAUUCGCUGGCGUCAGGAAACCCCGUGUCGAUAAUCCCAACUCGAGAAAAGAAUUACAUCAUUACAGCACUCCGAUACUACGCUGGGUGGACCGACAAGCAGAAAGGCGACUACUAUCCCGCCGACGACGGCUUUGUCAAACUUGUUCGACAUGAGCCGCUGGGUGUUUGCGCCGCCAUCAAUCCGUACAAUGCUCCCAUUGCCACGUUUAUCUUCAAACUUGCUCCGGCAUUGGCCACCGGCAAUGUGAUUAUUGUGAAGCCUUCUGAGAAGACACCCUUUGGAUCACUAGCCCUUGGCCCAUUGUUUGAAGAAGCCGGAAUCCCUCGGGGAGUGGUUCAGAUCUUGUCCGGUAAGGGGGAGACGGGUGCACUGUUGGCAAGUCAUAUGCGCAUUCGGAAGAUUAGUUUCACCGGGAGCGUGCCCACGGGGAAAAAGAUCCAAGUCGCUGCCGCUCAAAGUAACCUGAAGAGAGUCACUUUGGAGUUGGGCGGAAAGAGUCCGGCCGUUGUGUUUGACGACGCCAAUCUCGAUAACGCUCUGACAUGGACCAUCAAUGCAAUCCUGGCUAGAUCGGGCCAGGUCUGUGUGGCUGCGACACGAGUUUACGUGCAGCAGUCGAUUGCUCGAGAAUUUAUCGACAAAUAUAUUGAGAAAAUGAAGGAGGCCGCAGGCCGUCUAGGGGAUCCACAGGACCCGAAGACUGGUUUAGGGCCUCUGGUUGACAAUCUCGCGCUCGAAAGAGUCCAAGGCAUGAUUGAGCGCGCGAAGCUCGAUGCCGAGCUAGUAGUUGGAGGAGCGAGAGUGGGAGACAAAGGAUGCUUUGUAGAACCUACGGUCUUCUUGAAUCCAAAGCCAGAGUCUGAGAUCUACAAGAAAGAAGUUUUCGGUCCGGUAUCGAUCGUGAAGACUUUCGAGACUGAGGAGGAGGUCAUCAAGUUGGCUAACGACACAGAAUAUGGCCUCAUGGCUGGCGUGUUCACGAGGGAUGUUUCGAGAGCCAUGCGUGUCUCCGCUAAGCUGGACGCCGGUGUGGUCGGGGUCAACUGUGUGAGCUAUAUGAAUAUGCAAGCCCCAUUCGGAGGCAAGAAAGCGUCCGGAUUAGGGCGGGAAUUCGGUGAAUAUGCUCUACGUGCUUUCACCGAACCGAAGACUGUCCUCAUCAAGUAUGUUGCUCUCUCUCGCCCUGCAGUUGCCUGGACUCAUAGCUGA